AUGAGACAUCAGAUGGAUGAAAGUAAUCUUGAAAUGGUCCACAUGCUGACUCAUCAACUAGACACCAUACUGAGACCUUUAAUUCAGGAUUCGACCCAGAGUUACCAACAACUGGCAACUCAGGUGACCAUAAUAAGGAAUUUCCUAGGGGCUUCUAGAGCGCAAGUUCGUCAGACUCCCCCACCUCCACCUCGACCAGAAACCCCGGGCCGACAAGAAGAGAUGCUAGACGAAAUGGUCAAACAAGAAUACCAGGAAGUCGAACAAAUUCCUAGGGUGGCUCGAAGGCCUCCCGUUGUAUUAAUUGAUAGGAACCGGGAUCCCGACCAUGUGGUCAAGCAGAUUCGACAAGAGGCAACGGUUGGGGAGCAAAACUUAGAGCUUAUUGUUGAACGGAUCAUAGUGAGAAAUAGAAUAAACCCAUACCUACAAAGGUCGACAUGCUCUUCCCCUUUACCAGAUUUUGUUUUACAAACAGAAUUUCCUAGGGGGUGGAAGGUUCCAAAAUUCACCAAGUUCACUGGAUAUACUGAAGAAUCUACCGUUGAACAUGUUGCCAGAUAUUAA